UGCGCGCCGGCCGCACCGCGCGUCUCGCACGAGCGCUGCCGGCGCCGCCGCCGCCGUUACCGAGCGAGCAGAGUAAGCGGCGGCCAUGGCGGAGCAGCCACUGCCAUGCCCCAAAGCGACGCUCUCCGACGGGACUCCAGAGCUGCCGAAGGCUGGAAAGUUGAGUCUCGCAGCCAACACCGUUGCGAGUUGUCUCAAAGACACAUCCAGGCCUGUUACUCCCACCGCUGUACGAAAGUUUCGAAAUACAACGGAUCCAGCUCCUGGUGCUAAAGUAAUAUUCUAUGGCAGUGCAGGUGAUCCCGACGUUGCAACUCACUUGACACAUGGCAUAAAGUCAACCUCUGAAUUCACUGUAGCUUCAUUGAUAAGUCCAGUUCCUAAAAGUGAAUUUCAAGAAAAGAUGCAAGACAUGAAAGAAGCAAUUUACUCCAGUAAUCGCUUAGCACCUUUGGGUAAAUCACAUGAUCAGUCUUCGAUGUUACCUGAGGGCUUGGAUAUAAUUAAUACUACAUUUGGAAUGAAAGUCUUCAAAGAUUUAACAGCUGGAGAGCUUGUAAAUCCACCAAAAACCUUUGAGGAAGUGGAUAAAGAAGCGAGAGAAGGACAUGAUUUGUAUGUUCUCUCACAUGAAGAUUAUUAUGUGGGGGAAUCAGUCAAUAGGAAGUAUAACUCACACUUUGACAAGUCUUCUGUUUACGGAAAGGAAACCCCUCACUAUGAAGAUGGGCGGAAUACAGCCAAGACCUUAAAUUGGGUCUUGGACCUGGAUUCGAAGAGAGCCCCACACCUUGUGUCAAAAAGAAGUGAUGAUUUCAAGGAAAAAUACCAGCCUCUUGUUGGAAAAGUUUUUGAUCCUAUAGCAGAAACUAUGAAUGUUCCCCCAGACCACAUAUUUGGAUUGGUGAUCCCUCCAGAUGAAUGUGAUGUUCGUGAUCUUCUUCAUGUCCGGGUUCCAUGUGAGUUCCUCCGUGGGAAGGACAGAGCAAGAGUUAUCUUGAUUGCAGUUCGAGAAAAUCUGAAGAAAGCUAACUAUAGGAAUUUUGAUGUGUUACUAGAAGCAUUAAGACAUUUUGAUAAGAAUGGUGAUGGAAUGAUACACAAGGACAACCUACGACAGAUCUUUUUUCAACUGAACCUGAAUCUGGAUGAUGAGCUCUUGGAAUCCUUAUUUGACUGCUGUGAUUUGGAUAAGGAUGGUCUGAUUAAUUACCGGGACUUUGCGAACUUUCUGAACUGGAAAGAUAAAAUGGGUGUUAAAGAGUUUGAAGAAAAAAUAAUUACAAAAGGGAAAAAAUUAGAUGCCUAUCUUCCCAAAGACACAAAGAAAGAGGAUGAACUGCUGCCAGAACAGGAAGAUCUCGAGUUAAAAGAACCAGAAAGCUCAGAAAAGAUGCCAAAACCACUAACAAGAUCAACAGACCGUGUAUAUACAAAUUAUCAAACAUCAUCUUCUCAGUAUAAUGCUGUAGUUGGUGGUAUCCCAGAUUCCUGUUAUCCAUUGUGUGGUGUUCCAAGUAUUCGUUCAGAUAUUCCUGCUCCUCGAGUUCGCCGCCUCUGUGACACGACUAAUUAUGGUGACCAGGGCAGUAGUUUUUCAGUACUGUUCCCUUCUGUCUUCAGUCAAAAGGGAGUGUAUGAAAAAGAUCUUUUAAAAAAGAGACCAAAGGCAGAGAUUAAACAAGUUCUCCACAAUAUGGGCAUGAAUGCUUCAGAUGAAAGGUUUGAAGAAAUAUGGAAGCAAGUGUGUACAAAACAUGAGAUAAAGGAACUUUGUGAUUGUGAAGAAAGUAUGUGGAAUAUACUGAAUAAGAUAAAUGAAUCAGGCAUAACAUUCUAGUCUCUGAUUCUAGUCUCUGGGCACGGCUUUUAUUUAACAUCAGUCAUAAUUCUGGUGCUGAAUAAAAAAAUACACAAUAAA